AUGAACGAUACAGAUCUUCCACCAGAUUAUUUGACUCGCUAUAGCGGUGCCACCUCGGUGAUCCCAAAGCUAGACCCAGCCAAGAUCCCCAAGACCCCUUUGUCGCCAGCAGUACCACUUUCGGACAAGCCAGAUGAGCGGAAACAACCGACACUCCAGUGGUAUGAUCCUCGUGGUUGGUCACCACUCAAAAAGCUACUGUCGGUCAUUGCUAUCUUGGUAAUCAUCAUCUUGGUCUCAGUCGGUACAUUCUUUGGCAUCAAGGCGAACCGAUACCCAAAAUAUACACCUUUAGACUAUCAGCUGGUCGAUAAAUACGAAGGGACAUCCUUCUUCGAUAAGUUCCAUUACUUCACCGAAGAUGAUCCCACUGAUGGGUUUGUGGUAUACGUCAAUGAGCAAGCAGCCCACGACCUCAACCUCACCUACGCAACCGAUACCUCAGCCAUCCUACGAGUCGACUCAUUCACUCCCAAAGCCCUGGCCGGCCGCAAUUCCGUACGCAUCGAAUCUAUCCCAACAUACGACACUGGCCUGUUCAUCUUCGACAUCAUCCACACCCCGUACGGCUGCGCCACAUGGCCCGCCCUAUGGCUCACGGACGGUGUAAAUUGGCCCGAUAACGGCGAGAUCGACAUCCUAGAAACAACUAACGAAGGAUCCCGCGGCAACGAAGUCACCCUCCAUACAACAACGGGAUGCACGAUGGACGUCAAGCGCAAACAGACAGGGAACACCGUCUACUCGAGCUGUGAUAACGUCACUCACGGAAACGCGGGCUGCGGUGUCGUUGGUGAUCCGGACACAUACGGAGCAGCGAUGAAUGCGAAUCGAGGUGGAGUUUAUGCCCUCGAACUUCGACAGGCGGGUAUUCGUGUAUGGUUCUGGCCUCGGGCUUUGAUUCCGGCGGAUAUUCAGGAUCCUGCGCAGGCGCCUGAUCCCUCGACGUGGGGAACUGCGUUGGCUGAUUUUCCUGGGACGGAGUGUGAUAUUGCGUCUCAUUUCAAGAACCAAAGUAUUAUUGUGAAUAUUGAUCUUUGUGGGCAGUUGGGAGCUGAUCCGCAGUACUAUAAGAAGAUGUAUAAAUGUCCUGGGAAUUGUCAUGAUUUUGUUGCUAAUAAUCCGUCGAGUUUUGAGGAGGCUUAUUGGGAGUUUGCUAGUUUCAGUGUUUAUCAGGCGGAAGGUUUAAAGCAGGAUUGA